AUGGACAUCGUGGAGAGGGUGUUCUCUGUGGCCCAGGCCAUCCAUGCCCAGUUCGAGCAGGUGAAGUGCUGCAAGCACCAGUGCCAGCGCCUCGUGGAGCGCAUCCAGAUCCUGCUGGAGCCCGUGAGGAUCCUCAGGGCUCAGCCACGACAGCACAUCUCCCACCACGAAGAGGAACUGAUGAAAAAGCUGCUCCAGGCACUGGAGGAAGCCCAGAAACUGGUGAUGAAAUACAGCCAGACCAGCUGGAUCCAGAAGUUCCUGCGAGCGCGAAGCACUGGCGAGGAGUUUGUCUGGGUGAACGAAAGCCUGGAGGACAUUGCCCAGGGGCUCUCCCUCCUGCUGCAGGCAGAGCAGAAACAGGCUUUCCUGGAAGCCUUCCAGUCAAAGACAUGUCGCAGGCAGGAUGCUGAGGACCUGAGGGAUGACAGAGCUUUCUUGGACCAGGUGAUUGCAAGUACUGAGGAGCCCAAAGAUGCUCUUGAGGAGAUCUACAUCGACAGGGAGUGUAUGGAGAGCAAGAUGGACUGGAUGAAAAGCGAGCUGAACAAAGUCAUUCGUGAGAUGGAACGCUUGAAGAAGGUCAAUGUGGGUAAAAGAGAAGACAUCACUGAGAUCAAGAGGGACCAGCUCACCUUCCACAGGCACCUGCAGGACACAGAGAGCUACGACCUCUACGAGGGCGAGUACCUCAAGUACCCUGUUGCCAUCAAAACCUUCAAGAGGCCGCUGACCACUGACCCAGUCAAGGUGAGAGACAUCUUUGAGAAGGAGAUUCAGACCCUGAAGAAGUUUGAGUCUCCAAACAUCCUUCGCAUGUACGGGAUCUGCAUUGAGGAGAACGAUGGGAGCCCCUGCUUCUCCAUCGUCAUGGAGUACUGUAAGCACGGGACGCUGCGGGACGUGCUCAACAAGCAGCAGAACCUUUCCUGGGAUAUCCGCAUUCGGAUGGCCCUGGGGGCUGCCAGAGGCCUUUACAGGUUGCACCAGACAGGGGAGAAGUCCCGACUCCACGGCUGCAUCUGCAGCAGCAAGUUCCUGGUGGCUGGGGAUUACUGUGUGAAGCUGUCAGGAUUUGAGCUGUGUGAAACAGAAUCAUCCAUCAAGAGGAAAGCCAAGAAGGACUGGAAACAAGUCUCUAUGCUGGCCUACAUCGCUCCAGAGAACCUGAGAGACAUCAACUACCCUUACAAGAGUCCCUGUGAAAUAUACAGCUUUGGGAUCGUUCUGGCAGAGAUUGCAACCUCCAAAAUCCCAUUUGAAGGCUGCACUCCUGGGGAGAUCGUGGAGAAAAUCUGCAAUCACCAGUACUGGGACCCCCUUGGGGAAGACUGUCCUGAAGAUCUGAGGAAAAUCAUUGAGCAAUGCCAGGCCUUUGACCCUUCCCAGCGCCCUUCUGCCGAGGAGAUUGUGGACUCGCUGGCCGACCUGGAGAAAAGCAGAAACCAAGGAAGUUAA